GGUUUUGUGCUCCCAAAGGGCGGGGCCACCAGGGAGGGCUUCUUGAAGGAGGUGACAUCUGGAUGGUUCGAAGGAGGCUGCCAGACGACAGAAUGCUUGAUGCGUUCUGGGCAUGCGCAGAUUUUGAAUAUUUGAGCUUUUCUUCACAAUAAUGUCAAAACACAUAAUAUCAGUAGAACAUUCACCUAAAAUUCAUCAGAGAAAUGAUCCACAGCACGUCAAUGACAGAACAUUCUUCAUUGAUGCCUCUAAUCAUAGCUUGACUGCCAUACCGUUGGAGAUCUUCACAUUCACAGAAUUAGAAGAAGUGCAUUUGGAGAAUAACCAGAUUGAAGAAAUUCCCAAGGAGAUUCAGCAUUUAAAGAACAUCAGGGUCCUCUACCUGGACAAGAACAACCUGAGGAGCCUGUGCCCGGCGCUGGGGCUGCUGAGCAGCCUGGAGAGCCUGGACCUGAGCUACAACCCCAUCUUCUGCCCCUCCCUUGUCGUCGUCAGCUUCCUCCACGCCCUGCGCGAGCUCCGGCUCUACCAGACCGACUUGAAGGAAAUUCCCGUCGUCAUCUGUAAAAACCUCCACCAUCUCGAGCUGCUCGGACUGACCGGAAACCACCUGAAAUGUCUGCCCAAGGAAAUAGUGAACCAGACCAAGCUGAGGGAGAUCUACCUGAAGCGAAACCAAUUUGAAGUUUUCCCCCAGGAGCUCUGUGUUCUCUACACCCUGGAGAUCAUUGACCUGGACGAGAACAAAAUCGGUGCCAUCCCAGAAGAGAUCGGACACUUGACGGGGCUGCAGAAGUUCUAUAUGGCUUCUAACAACCUUCCCGUUCUGCCCGCGUCCCUGUGCCAGUGUAGCCAACUGUCAGUGCUCGAUUUAUCCCACAAUCUCCUCCGCUCCAUCCCGAAGAGCCUCGCCAAGCUCAGGAAGAUGACGGAAAUCGGGCUGAGCGGGAACCGCCUGGAGAAGGUGCCACGCCUCAUUUGCGGGUGGACCUCGCUGCACCUGCUCUACCUGGGAAACACCGGCCUGCACAGGCUGCGGGGUUCCUUCAGGUGCCUGGUCAACUUGCGCUGCCUGGACCUAAGCCAGAACCAUCUGGACCACUGCCCGAUGCAGAUCUGUGCGCUGAAGAACCUUGAAGUCCUGGGACUGGAUGACAAUAAAAUAGGACAGUUACCUUCAGAAUUGGGCUCACUUUCAAAACUGAAGAUACUUGGACUAACAGGAAAUGAGUUCCUUUCCUUUCCGGAGGAAGUCCUUUCUUUAGCGUCUUUAGAGAAAUUAUACAUUGGGCAAGACCAGGGAUUCAAACUUACCUAUGUGCCAGAACACAUUAGGAAACUGCAGAGUCUCAAAGAGCUAUAUAUAGAGAACAAUCAUCUGGAGUACCUGCCCGUAUCCUUGGGGUCAAUGCCUAACCUAGAAGUUCUUGAUUGCCGGCACAAUUUGCUUAAGCAACUUCCAGAUGCCAUUUGCCAAGCACAAGCUUUGAAAGAAUUACGGCUGGAGGACAACUUGCUCACCCAUCUUCCAGAGAAUUUGGAUUCCCUAGUGAAUCUUAAGGUUCUGACACUGAUGGACAAUCCCAUGGAAGAACCCCCAAAAGAAGUGUGUGCUGAAGGCAAUGAGGCCAUAUGGAAAUACCUCAAGGAAAACAGAAACAGGAAUGUAAUGGCAACAAAGAUUCAGGCAUGGUGGCAUGGAACAAUGGUACGGAAAGGAUUUGGGAAAUUCGGUGAACUACUAAAACCACGAAAGAAAGGAAAGACCUCUCCAAAAGAUAAGAAAGGAAAGAAGGAUGUAAAAGGAAAACCAGGAAAGGGAAAAAAGAAAUAACCCUAUAAAUUGAUAAAUUGGGGUAAUGGACCUUGAUGGAUUAAGAAGGCAAAAUAUCUAGGAAUUAGAUGACUACUACAUUAAAAUUAUUCAUAAAAUUAUGUUUAUGUGUAAAAAUAAAUGAUUCUUACUUUUGCUGAAAUAUUUAUGGAAAAAAUGAUACAACACCUUGGAAUUGCUUCUAAAUAAUAUGGGAGGGGGAGGGGAAAGUGGGUAGGAAUACAAGUGAAACAAGAUUGGCCAUACAUUGAUAACUGUAAAAUAACGUGAUGAGUACACAGGGGUUCAUUAUACUAUUUGCCUACUUUUAUUUAUUUAUUUAUUUUAAGGCAGGAUCUCACUCUGUUGCCCAGGCUGGAGUGCAGUGGUGCAAUCUUGGGCCACUGCAACCUCCAUUUCCCAGGUUCCAGCAAUUCUCAUGCCUCCGCCUCCCGAGUAGCUAGGACUACAGGUGCAUGCCACCACGCCUGGCUAACUUUUAUAUUUUUUUGGUAGAGAUGGGGUUUCACCAUGUUGGCCAGGCUGGUCUUGAACUCUUGACCUCAAGUGACCUGCCUGCCUUGGCCUCCCAAAGUGCUGGGAUUACAGGCGUGAGCCACUGCACCCAGCCAGCCUACUUUUAAAACUGGUACUGUGAAAUAAUUAUAGAUUCACAGGAAGUUCCAAAGAAAUGUUUAGGUGGGUCCAUGCACUGCUCAGCCUCCCUCAAUGCUGACCUCUUUCAUAACUAUAGCAUAAUAACAAAACCGGAAGAUUGACAUUGGUACAAUCAACAGUGCCCUCGUUUGUGUGUGUGUGUGUGUGUGUAAUCCUAUGCAAUUUUGUCACAUAUAGCUUUGUGUAGCCACCAUCACAAUCAAGACACAGAAUUGUUCCAUUGCCACAAGUUUCCCUUGUGCCAUUCCUCUGUAGCCGUAUCUACUGCCUACUCCUCUCCCUAUGCCUAACCUGUUCUCCAGAUCCAUAAUUGUGUCAUUUUAGGAAUGUCACAUAAAUGUAAACACACAGUAUGUAACUGGGAUUGGCUUUUUUAUUCAGCCUAAUCCGCUUGAAGUCUAUCCAGCUGGGGGCAUCUAUCACUGGUUUGUUCCUUUCUGCUGCUGAGGAGUAUUCCAUAGUCCCACAGUUUGUUUAACCUUUCACUCACUGUUUCCAGUUUUUUUGCUAUUGUGAACAAAGCUGCUAUGAACAUUCAUGCACAGGUUUUUGCAUAUGCAUAGAUACUCAGGGAAUUCAUGGGAAUGCUCAUGUAUUCAUGGUAUUCUUUUAUAUCAUGUAACCCAAAAUAUCCCCUUUGCAUCAUUCGAAACCUCCUCAUCCUGAAAACGUUUUAAUUUGGAGUAGUAUUGAUUUUAAAUUUGCAUGUCUUUCAGGCAGUGAUUGCAAUACUAAUUAUUAGUGUAGUAAGAAGAAAGCAAAACAAUAAUUGACUAGAGCAUGUCAGAAUAGAAAUGUGUAGACAAACAUCUCUGCCAUGCAAUAACUUUCAUGCUCUAGCAAAUCAAAAAUUUCAAAAAUAGUUUAGAGCAACACAAAAACUGUCAUGAAUGAACUAAAUUAGUUUUAUGAGGCAAAUUCCAUUUCAAAGAAAUGCCUGGAGGCAAUAUGUUAACAAUUUUUUUAAACAAUAAAAGGUUUUAAUUUAUUCUAACAAGAUGUGUUUUUCAUACUGGGUUUUAAAUUUUUAAUCAC